GUUUUUUUUCAACACAUCAAUUGAAACGACACCUUCAAGCAAAAAAACAAAACGAAACCUUCUCGUUCUUUCUUCUUCCCCUCGAUUCCACUGAGUUCUUCGUCCGCCAUUGUCCGGUAUUGCUGCUUCGUCUUCAGUUGUCUUCAAUUUCAGUUGUUUGCAUAUGAGUCUUCUUUCUCCGCCAUUGCUGGCCACGGAUUGAGCUUUAUCUCAAAGUGGGUUUUACGGAUUUUGUGCAGCGAUUGUUAUAGAGCAACCGAAGAGAUCUGAGGCAACCCUUUUCUCCUCUGGGUACGGGUAAAGUAAUUGAUUUUGGGCUUAAUUCUGAUUUGGGUUCUUACGUGUAGUCCUCUCACAAGUCAGCAUGCUUCUGGUUUCGCCUGCUUGUAGAGGUGUUAACCUUCAGACCGUAGAUCCAAAGCUAAUUAAUAUUUCCGCCAAAGGAUCUUAUGGAAGUUGCUUUCAGAUUCCUCGGUCAAUCCUUAAAAGAGAGUGUGGGAUUAGGUUAGGAACCGUUGUUUGUUUCAAUCAGAAGCCUAUACAGCACACAAGUUUCAAGAAAAGGCAUGUAUCUACGCAGAAUGUGGAUCUUCCUCCUAUUUUACCAAAGAACAAGAAAAAACCGUAUCCUGUUCCUUUUAAGCAAAUUCAGGAAGAAGCUAGGAAAGAUAAGAAACUUGCUCAGAUGGGCAUAGAGAAACAGUUAGAUCCGCCCAAAAAUGGAUUGCUAGUUCCCAAUCUUGUUCCUGUAGCUUCUCAAGUAAUAGAUAAUUGGAAACUGUUGAUCAAGGGUUUAGCACAGCUUCUCCAUGUUGUUCCUGUCUUUGCUUGCAGUGAAUGUGGGGCGGUUCAUGUGGCUAAUUCUGGUCACAAUAUUAAGGAUUGCAAUGGUCCAACAAAUUCACAGCGGCGUGGUUCUCAUUCAUGGGUCAAGGGUACCAUCAAUGAUGUUCUCAUUCCUGUUGAGUCGUACCACAUGUAUGACCCUUUUGGGCGACGCAUAAAGCAUGAAACUCGGUUUGACUAUGAUAGAAUCCCAGCACUUGUUGAGCUAUGUAUUCAGGCUGGAGUUGAUAUCCCAGAGUAUCCUUGUCGUAGAAGGACACAGCCAAUCCGAAUGAUGGGGAAGAGAGUGAUCGAUCAUGGUGGAUAUGUUAGAGAACCUGAUAAGCCUCAGACAUCAUCAUUAUCCUCUCCACUAGCCGAGCUUGACACACUUGGUGCUUGUGAAAGGUAUCCACCUCCCACACCAGAAGACAUACCUAAGAUAGCACAGGAAACAAUGGAUGCUUAUGAAAAAGUAAGAUUAGGGGUGACAAAAUUGAUGAGGAAAUUCACAGUGAAAGCAUGUGGAUAUUGUUCUGAAGUGCAUGUAGGACCGUGGGGACAUAGCGUGAAGCUGUGCGGAGAGUUCAAACACCAAUGGAGAGAUGGGAAGCAUGGAUGGCAAGAUGCUCUUGUGGACGAAGUCUUUCCUCCAAACUAUGUAUGGCAUGUGAGAGACCUUAAGGGAAAUCCCCUUACCGGAAAUCUCAGGAGGUUUUAUGGUAAAGCCCCUGCUGUGGUUGAGAUUUGUAUGCACAGUGGAGCACGGGUUCCUCAACGCUACAAGGCAAUGAUGAGGCUUGACAUCAUCGUUCCUGAUUUACAGGAAGCUGACAUGGUCGCAUAGGUUCUUGGUCAUGUUCAUUGUAGAAGCUGGCCUUUAUUUUAUAAUGAUAGUCAACUUGACAUAUUAUGUUGUUUAACAGAUUCGACUCGCGAUAAUGAUUGGACAUGUCCGAAUUGUGGUAAUGUAAACUUCUCAUUCAGAUUUGUAUGUAACAUGACGAAGUGCAACACUCUAAAGCCUGGUUCCCAGAAAAAAAUGCACCGGAAGGGAGUCAGAAGUGUGAUAAUCGGGGAAAUGUAAACUAUCCAUUAAGGAGCAAAUGCAACAGGCAGAACUAUGGAGCUGAUAAACCAGGGGACCAGUCAAAUGAAUCUCCUUCCCAUUCACCAGACGAGAACGAUCAGUGAGCCGUAGACAUGUUUGGGGGUUGAGAAGGGUGAGUCUGAUCCAGCGGGUGUCAUAAUGUCAGUCAAUGUCGCGUCAGGUCGUCCAUGUUGAAGCCGUCUCGUCAAAUUGCUUCAAUGCAUUUGUCUCUUUACAUACUCUUGGGUGGCUAUGUUGUAUUAACAAUGCAUAAAUUGUUUAAUCUACUAUGUGGUCGUCGUGUGGAUCUUGUCUUCCUA